AUGACUACGAUGCUUCCCGACGACCCUAACAAUGUUGUUCCGUAUGCUCACAAAGUAUACAAGCAAUCAACACACUAUUUCUUGCAGUGGCUGUGGUGCCAGUUUCAACUCAAGGCGUCCCCAAAACCUGGACAACGGUAUUUCAGGGAUUCAGAGGAGAUUUUGUUUGCUACAAGACUUGUCAAAAGGAGCAGAACGACUGUUCCGAGCUCCAUCAUUUCUUCGCUACAUACUGCCAUCCACAAGAGACAGGCUGUGCUUGUUAUUUACCAGGAAUCCAACGCGGAUAACAAGAGCCAUAAGAACUUUCUGCUCUUACUGAAGAAAAUCCUGAGAAAGCUCACGCCUUUGGCGGGAGAGCUGGAUACAAAGCAAAACGAUGAAAGCCCACAAGUCCCUUGUGUGACAGCAAACCGGUUCUCUGUCCUUGCCACGCCGGAUGAAGACAAUGCGUCAGAUGAAGACUCCGCGGCAGAGGCAGACAUCGUGUCAGAGACGGAUGCCGUUGCAGAUAAAGACAUUCCUGCAAUUGAAGACACCGAUGCAGAUAAAGACGCCGUUGCAAAUGAAGACUCCGUGGCAGAGACAGACGUCGUGGCAGAGACGGAUGCCGAUACAGAUAAAGACGUCUCUGGAGAUGAAAACGUCGUUGUAGCGACAGACGCCGUUCCUGAUAAGGACGUUGUUGCAGAUGAAGAGGCCGUUGCAGAUAAAGAGGUCGUGACAGAUGGAGACACUGUGACAGACGAGCCUCCUGUGAAGAAAGACACCCCACCGGAUAACCUUCCUGCAGCAGAUGAAGAUUCCCUCAACAAAACCACUCCAUCCGACACUCGCAACGAGGCUCCGUCUCCCACACCAGAACUUCACCAGACGGAGUUACCUGAGGUGGAUCCCGAAGAGCGCUGGUAUUGGAUGCGGGCAUACCACCUCCUGAUGCUGAAAGAAGCUGCAUCACGAAAUGUGGACACUACCGAUUUGCCCAAGUUCCUGCCCCUGCUCUGGGAUAACAUGUACAAGAUAAAGCAUGGUUCUUUGUUGAUGACAUUUCUCACAAACGAGCAGUUUCCUUUAUUCAACUGGGUUUUCCCUGCCUCCGAGGCCGUCACGGCCUACACCCUCUAUCAACGUGAGGAAGCAUGUCGGAAGGCUGCCGCCGAUAAACGCAACUUGAGAGUUUAA